AUGGCAGACCCACAGACUCUGCGUCAGCUCAAGAUCAAGACCGGCGUGGUCAAGCGUCUCUUCAAGGAGGAGCAGAUCUACCGCGAAGAGGUCGUUUCAGCCGGUGCUGUCCUCGACCGUCUGCGUGAUGAGGGUGCCGACGGUGCGGACAUUCGCAACGCUUGGUGCGGACCUGCAACGACAAAGUUGGUGGAAGGGGCGCGCAUGGUGCCGUUGCUUGGCAAGCACAGGCCCGAGCGCGUCAUGAAGGACUCGGAGCAGAUGAUCCCCCGUACGCGCAAGCAGCUCGAGGAGGCCAUGGUUGCUCUCGAGGAUCUCGUCAACGCCCUCCACUCCGAGGCCGACGUGGCCGCGACACAAGAGUUCAAGGACGCGUUCAGCAUUGUGCAGCAGGUCGAGACGGCGUGGAAGGGCGAAGGUAACUAG